GCCACAAAAUUAGUUGCCCGAUUCCACUUUUGUUGGUAAUACGCGUCGGGUAAAAAGAGCCCAUCGAUCAUGAGACUGAGCACAGCAGGGAUAGCUCUGCUACUAAUAGUAUUAUAUGCCGAUAAUCCAAGUGAUGCCUGGACCCAUAGUUGGCAUACGGGUCCAAUAAAUUGUUACACCUGCUCCAGCUUGGAGCAGUGCUCUGCCAGCUGGGGCCAACUGCAGAAAUGUGAUAAUAACAAUGCUCAGAGCUGCAUAGCCGUCUUCGACAGCAGCGGCGCAGUGAUUCAGCGUGGCUGCAGCGACAACCUGGAGGCCACGUGCAGUGAAGCGAAUGCCGAUUGCUACGAGUGUCGCUCCAAUGGCUGCAACAAUCUGAAGAAUAACAAGCAACUGGUUGAGUGUGUGGUGUGCGAUGCACAAGAUAAUGAGAACUGCUUGAGCGACAUUGAGCUGAUCACCGAGACACGAGUCUGUAAUGAGAAAUGCAUCACAGCGCUGUAUCCUCGCACCAGCGACAAGGGCUCUCCGUUGGAGAUAGUGCGCACGUGUCUGGACGAUCUGGACUUGGACGAACGCAACGAAUGUGCUGCGGGUACUUUGGCGAACUGUGUAGCCUGCGCCAGCGCUAAUUGCAACACAGCUGAGCUGGGCGUGCGCGGCAGCUGCAACGUCUGCACUGGCGGCGAGUGCGAUAAGCCAGAGUCUAAGACUUGCCGCGCCGUUGUUCCAGGCGGCGAAGAGCAGUGCUUCAUACAGAUGGACGAAAGCAAUAAAAUCACCGAGCAAGGCUGCUUCAGCCAGUACAACGUGAGUGACGCCUUGGUCUUGCAGAAGGAGAAACGCAUUUGGACCUGUUCCGGCGAGAACUGCAAUGUGAUUUCCGCGCUGCCCACAGCCAAAGAGUGCAAGCUAUGCAACUCGCGCACCGACAAGAACUGCGCCGUCGAUCCAACUAACGUGAACUCUGAAACGGAAUGCUCCCAUCCCCUGAACACUGAUUGCUAUGCGCUGCUGCGCGACGAUGGCCACACAGAACGUGGCUGCCUGAGCAGCCUGGAAGAUGAAGACUACCUGGACUGCCUCGGCGGCAGCAAUGCCACCAAGUGCAACUCCUGCACUGGCGACAGCUGUAAUGUGAACCUGCAACCUGCGGAGCGUCUAACGUGCCACGUUUGCGACUCGAGUGUUGAUAGUAACUGUGUGGCGGCGCCAGAUGCCGCUGCUCUGUGCGUGCAGCACGCCGUGGAGCAGACAUGUGUGACGACGCUCGAUCUGCAGGGCAACACGUUGCGCGGCUGUGGCCAUGAAUUGCAGUGUCUAAGCACGGAUAGUGCCAGCUGCCAGCGCUGCACGGGCAGCAACUGCAACACGGUCAACCUAAGCAGACGCGCUGACGGCCGUCCCGGCCAGUGGGCACAAGAGCUGCCGCUAAGCUGUCUCAGCUGUGGCGACGCAGCGGCCUGUGCGGCCAGCAGCCUGGAGCAGCUGACCUGCGCCAGCAAAUCUGAAUAUUGUAUGACAGUCUUUGAUGAUACCGGAGCGGUCAGUGCGCGCGGCUGCAGCGAUGUGGUGGAGGAAUCGUUCAGCAGCUACUGCGAUGCCAAUAGCGACAAAUGCCACAACUGCAAUUCGAAUGACUGCAACAGCGCCACGUCUCAGGACAGCUACACGGAGUGCAUUUACUGUGAGAGCAGCCUGAAUAGCGAUUGUGCUAAGAAUCCCACGGCCGUGACUGCCCGACGCCAGUGCAAUGGCCAGUGCAUGUCCGCAUACAGGCCACAAAGUGGACUGAACGUGUUUGAGCUGGUGCGCGGCUGCUUGGACGACAAGGAUCCGCAGGACCAGGAGCUCUGCGCCUCAGGCGCAGACAACGAGUGCGUGGCCUGCACAGGCAAUGCUUGCAACACAAAUGAUCUGAGCCUAAGUUCGCUCAGCUGUUAUGCCUGCGGCGCGGGAUUGGACUGUGCAGUACCAGAGAUAGCUGUGUGCCUCAACUAUAGUCCCUCGGAUCGCUGUUACAUGCUGUUCGAUGAGACGGCUUCGAUCACGGCGCUUGGCUGUCAGUCCGAUCUAGAUGAGGCGUUCAUUGAGAGCAAUCGACACAAUUUGAUUUUCUGCGAAGAAAACAACUGCAAUUAUUUUGACCUCGUGCCCACUCCCAACGACUGUGCCGUCUGCUCUUCCCUUGACAAUGAGAACUGUGCCACCAAUCCCAGCAAGAUCACACAAAUCGAGAAGUGCAACGUUCUGCCUAACACAGGCUGCAUGACGCGUAUCCUUUCGGAUGGCUCAACGGAGCGCGGCUGUGUAAGCAAGCUGGCCACCAGCCAGCUCAGAGCUUGCCUGAACGGCGAAGGCAAUUGCGAAGUGUGCGACGGCGACUUGUGCAACCAGCAGAUCUAUCCGGCCGAUCGUCGCAGCUGUCAGCGCUGCAACUCGGUGCUAGAUCCAAGCUGCGGCUCCGCGCCCAAUGCUGCCACUGUGUGCCCGCGCUACGACGAGACACAGGGCUGCAGCGUCAAGCUGGUCGAUGGCGCCACAUAUCGUGGCUGCCAGACGGAAUUCCGUUGCGAUGAUUCGGACAAACAGUACUGCCGGCAAUGCAGCGGCGACAACUGCAAUGUUGUCGACUUGGAGCUGACGAACAUUGGCUAUCCGGGCAAAUGGGUGACACCUCCGAUCAAUUGCUACACCUGUGCCGGCGUCGGCUGCCAGGGCACCAGCUUGGGCGCACUGCAGAAGUGCCACAACAACAACGAGCAGAACUGUGCCACCGUCUUUGCCAGCAAUGGCUCCGUGGUGCUGCGAGGCUGCACCGAUCAGCUGUACGCCGAUGCUGAGCUGACGCAGUACUGCGACGAGACGUCGGGCAGUUGCAAGUUCUGCAAAUCCUCAGCCUGUAACAAUGCCAAGCAGCUGGACAACUAUGUGGACUGUGUGCUGUGCGACGGCACCGAUCAGGCGGCCUGUGUGCGCAGCAUUGGUGACAUUUCGCGCAAAGUCUCCUGCCAGGGCGAUUGCUUUACAGGACUUUAUCCGCGCAAUCGAACGGAUGUGGAUUCGCCACUGGAGCUGGCACGCGGCUGCCUGGACGAUCUGGACCUCGACGAUCGCUUGGCCUGUGCCGAUGGCAAGCUGGAGAAUUGCGUUGCCUGCAGCGGCGAGGCGUGCAACAAGGCAGAUGUGCCCGAAAAUCGCUUGAGCUGCAACUACUGCGACGAUGAGAGCUGCGACACGCUGACCUCACAAACUUGCACCUCAUAUAGAGCCAACGAUCAGUGCUACAUUCAUGUCGGAGAUCUGCGCAUCGAGAGCAUGGGCUGUGCCAGCGAUCUGGAGCGCUCCUUCCUUCAGGCCAAUCGUCGCGACUUGUACCUUUGCGACAGCAAAGACUGCAAUGUUAAGGAUGUUUUGAAUCUAGUAGGCGUGGCCUGCAAUAUUUGCAACUCCACGCAUGAUCCCAAUUGCAUUCAGGGUGUCACGGGCGGAGCCGUCUGUCAGCACUACUUGAAUCCAGAAUGCUACAGUCACAUCACUGAAGACGGCGUUUUGAAGCGAGGCUGCCUCAUGGACACGGCUGAUGAUCUCUAUGACGAUUGCCUCAGUGGCGAGAGCUCCACCUGCCAGAUUUGUAACGAAAAUAAUUGCAACAAGGAACUGUUCCCCGCCGACUGGCAGAGCUGCCUGCGCUGCGAUUCCAACACUGACGCCGACUGCGAGAGUGAGCCAGCGGCCUAUGGCAGCUACUGUGCGGUCUAUGCGGCUGGCGAUGCCUGCGUGACGAGCCUGGAGAAUGGACGCACUCGCCGCGGCUGCCAGUCGGAGAUCUACUGCGAUGCCAGCCAGGUGGCCAGCUGUCGCAUCUGCGAGGGCGCCAAUUGCAAUUCGGUUGACCUGGGCAGCAGCAAUGUGGGUGAGCCAGGCAAGUGGCAGGAUUUGCCACUGAGCUGCCUCGUGUGCACCGACAUCGAGAGCUGCGCCAGUGUCACGACACCCACGACCUGCCAGGGCAACAACAAGCAGCUCUGCUCCACUGUGUUCAACGACGAUGGCCAGGUGAUUGCGCGCGGCUGCAGCGAUGCUGUCCUAGCUGAGCACCUCGGCUACUGCGAAGCCAAUAGCAAGAGCUGUCCGCAGUGCAAGUCGAAUGGCUGCAACAAUGCCGUGAGCUUGGCCGACUAUGUCGACUGCUAUCAGUGCGAUUCGGAACUGGACGAGAACUGUGCCUGGGAGGCGCCCAAGAAGACACGCCAGUGCCAAGGCCAGUGCAUGACGGGCAUGUAUCCGCGCAGCUCCGCAGUGGACACUGCGCUGCUGCCCACUCGCGGCUGCUUGGACGAUCUGGAGCAGGCCGACCGGGAGCAGUGUGCUGAUGGCAAGCACGCCAGCUGCACGGCCUGCAGCGGAGCACUGUGCAACAGCGAGCAGAUUAUAGAGACGCCUCAGGAGUGCUACAAAUGCCUGGAUCCGCUGUGCGAAGACGUCUUCACAGCCAAGUGCGUCGCGUAUAGGGAGAACGAUCAGUGCUACUUGGCAUUCGAUAGCAUGAGCGUCGUUGCCAUGGGCUGUGUCAGCGAGUUCGAAACGCAAGUGGUCAACGAGCUGCUCGCCCAGCAGCGUUUGCUGCUCUGCGAAGGCCAGAACUGUAAUUUCCUCGAUAUUAUACCAAAUCCCAAUACCUGCCUGCAAUGUAACUCCCUGAGCGAUCCACGCUGUGCCACGCACCCCAAUCAGUUGCAAACCACGGGCAUCUGCUCGUCCAUACCUUACACGCAGUGCGUCACGCACAUUGAUGCAGCGGGCACCACCACGCGUGGCUGUGUGUCCAACCUGGACAGCGAUGACUUCUAUGGCUGCAUAACGGGCUCGGCGGAGAACUGCGAACUGUGCACGGGUACCAAUUGCAAUGGCCUCAGCGUUUAUCCGGCGAAUCGUCGUCGUUGCCAUCAGUGCGACUCGGCGACCAAUGCCGACUGUGCGACUGCGCCGAGCAGCAGCGCUGUCUGCCCCAUUUAUGAUGCCGAGGACACUUGCGUGACGACGAUUAUCAAGGACGUCACCCAUCGCGGCUGCAGCUCCAGUUUGAGCUGCCCAGAUCCCAGCAAUCCCAGCACUUGCCGCGUUUGCAGCGGCGAUGCCUGCAACACCAUCGACUUGGAGCGCCUGAACGUCGACGGCUAUCCGGGCACCUGGCAAGAGCCACCCAUUAGCUGCCUAACCUGUGCCAGCUCGAGCGAAUGCAGCUCGGGCGGCGGCACACUGGAGAAGUGCGUGGGCCAGGACAAUUGCGUUACGGUCUUUGAUAGCACCGGCGAUGUGGUGACCUCACGAGGCUGCAGCGAAGCCUUGGACACGACCAGCGCCAACUACUGCGAUGAGCAGCCCAACAACUGUCCACGCUGCAAUUCCAAUGGCUGCAACGUGGCCGACAGCCUCAAGAACUACGUGGACUGCUUGGUGUGCGAUUCGAGUGUGAAUCCCGAUUGCGCGAACGAUGCCAGCAAGAUCACCAAGACACGUAAGUGCCAUCAAAGCUGCAUGUCUGCCUUCCUGCCACUGUUCGGCGAAACAGAGGAUCCCAGCUACGCCUUGCUGCGCAACUGCUUCGAUGAUAUGGAGCAGGAGGAUCGUGAGACUUGCGGAACAGACGCCAACAAAUUCUGCGCCAGCUGCGAGACGAACAAGUGCAACAACGUGGAUCUGGUGGCCACACGACACAGCUGCCUCAGCUGUCGCGGCGAUGACUGCCAGAAUGCCCAGCCAGCGACCUGCGCCAAUUAUCGGGAAACCGACGAGUGCUACAUUGAGUUCGAUGAGCAGCGCUCAGUCGUGGCUCAGGGCUGUCUCAGCGAGUACAGCCAUGAGGAGAUUUACUUGCUGCAGCGCUCGAAGCGUCUGCUGAGAUGUGCAGACAAUGACUGCAACACAAUCGAGUCCCUGGCCGAGCCGCAGACUUGUGUGCUGUGCAGCUCGCGCACAGAUCGCAACUGCGCCGUGAGCCCCAGCAGUGUGAAUAGCGCCACGAGCUGCCAGCUGACGGGUCUGCCGGAAUGUUAUACACGUGUGCUGGCUGAUGGCGCCACGGAGCGUGGCUGCCUGUCCAGCUUGGAGGAGGAUGAGUUCCUGGGCUGCUUCAAUGGCACCGUCGCAGGCUGCAGCGCCUGCUUGGGCGAUUCGUGCAACAAGGCGGUGUAUCCCACCGACCGCACCUCGUGCCACAUUUGCAGCUCGGACACCAAUGGAAACUGUGAGUCCGCUCCCAACAGCCUCUCCGUUUGCCCCGUCUACGCUGCGGGCGAUUCGUGUGUGACAAAUCUACGUGGGGGCGUUACCUACAGAGACUGCGGCAGCUCGCUGAGCUGCGAGCCCAAUUCGAAGACUUGCGUCAUCUGCCACGGCAACGGCUGCAACGUGGCCGAUCUAUCUGGACUCAGCGAUAACAAUCACGGCUGGUGGCAGGAUCUGCCCUUGACCUGUCUCAGCUGCGACGGUGCCGCCUGCCAGGAGAGCAGCAUCAGCUCCGAGCGCUGCGCGGACAACAACGAACAGGACUGCAUAACCGUCUUUGAUGAGUCCAACGUGGUGGUUCGUCGCGGCUGUGAAGAUGCCAUUGAGCAGGACGCGCAGCUCGCCAGCUACUGUAGCGCCAAUAGUGCCAAGUGCCCAUUGUGCAAGUCCAACGACUGCAACAACGCAACUGCCAUAACCCAAUAUAAUAGCUGCAUCUACUGCGACAGCAACAAGAGCAAGUCCUGCCUGUGGGAGCCAACGAGCACGGCACACAAGCGCCGCCAAUGCCAAGGCGAGUGCAUGACAGCGCUCUUCGGCAGCCCGGAGGCGGGCCUGGACCUCGUACGCACGUGCCUGGAUGACAAAGAGCCCCAGGAUCAACUAAUCUGCUCCAGCGGCAAGGACGACCAUUGCGUCUCCUGCUCUGGAGAGGCCUGCAAUGUGCAAACGCUGCCCGCAGAGCGCCUGAGCUGCUACCACUGCGAGGACGCCAGCUGCGAGCAGCCAGAGAGCAAGCAGUGCGACAUCUACAAGCCCAACGACAGCUGCUUCAUCUGGUUCGACGAGACGAACAGCAUUCGGCAGUCGGGCUGCCUGAGCUCGUUCCGCAAUCAGGAUCUGGAGAGUGUUAUCGAGACCAAGCGCAUUUCCGUUUGCCAGGGCGACAACUGCAACACGUUCACGGACUUGCAACACGUGACAUGCGCCGUCUGCGACUCUCGCGAGGAUCCCAAGUGUGCCACCACGCCCUUGGCCGUGGACAGCUUUAAGACCUGCAGUCAACUGCCGCAUACGCACUGUGUUACCAAACUGGAGAAUGAUGGUGCAACAACCCGUGGCUGCCUGUUCGAUCUGGAUCAGGCUCAGUUCGCAGCUUGUCUGCUGGGCAACGACAAAAACUGCUCAAUCUGUGACGCGGAUGGCUGCAAUCGCGAGAUUUUCCCAGCUGAACGGCUGCAGUGCUACAGCUGCAGCUCAGCGGAUGACAGCAGCUGCGCCUCCAAUCCCACAAAGACAUCUGCCUGCGCCUGGGUCAGCGACACGGAAACGUGCCAGACGAAACUGGAGAACAAUUUGACGACGCGUGGCUGCAGCAGCACCAUCGGUUGCAGCAGCAGCGACUAUCGCAAUUGCCGCAACUGCGUGGAUAGCUGGUGCAACUCGAUCGACCUGGUCAACCGCGUGGAUGACGGCCAGCAUGGCUGGUUCCAGCCCUUGCCCUUGAAGUGUCACACCUGUGUGGGCGAGGACUGCUACAGCUCGCUGGGUCCGGCCGUGCAAUGUAGCCUGAAUCCUGAGCAGGACUGCAAGACGGUGUUCGAUGUCGACGGCCAGAAGGUGCGCCGACGCGGCUGCGCCGACGAUGUGGAUGACUACGAGGAUCUCUACUGCCGCAAGCAUCCCGAACUGUGCCUCACUUGCAAGUCCAACGAAUGCAAUGACGUCUGGAGCUUGGAGAGCCUAAACACCUGCGUCUUCUGCAACUCGGAGGCAAGUCCGCAAUGUGUUAGCUACCCGCAAAGCACAGAGCUGAGCACGCGCCAGUGCCAGGGCGACUGCAUGGUGGCGUUGGUGGGCAAGAAUGUGGUGCGCAGCUGUCUGGACGACAAGGAGGCAUUUGACCGCCCCAGCUGCAGCAGUGACGAGAGUGGCACAAACUGCGCCGCCUGCGAUAGCGACAAUUGCAACACCUUCGCCUACCCAUCAGAUCGCCUGAGCUGCCACGUCUGCUCCAACAGCGGCUGCACUGCAAGCCAUUCCGAAUACUGCGUCGACUAUGAAAGCAACGACUUCUGCUUUGCCAAGUACAACGAUGGCGAGGUGCAGCUAAUGGGCUGUGCGAGCAGCCAAAGCAGCGCCGAUCUGGAUCAGUGGCGCUCGGCGAACCAGCUGCACGAAUGCCCCACCAAAGACUGCAAUAUGCUGAACGUGCUGCCAACCAGUGGCGUCUGCAUAGCUUGUGACUCGAGCAAGACGCCCAGCUGUGCCCAGUCGCCCACUGACGUGGACAUUACGACAACCUGCCACGCCCCGUUGGCGGACUGCCUGACGCGACUGGAGGACGGACACACCAUACGCGGCUGCCUCAACAGCCUCAGCAGCACCGAGGGCAACGCCUGUGUGGCCAAUGGCACCUGCGUUGGCUGCGCCGGCGACAAGUGCAACGCCGACAUUUUCCCAGCCAAUCGCCGCAAGUGUCACAUCUGCAACUCGGUCGCCAAUGACGACUGCUACGAGGAUCCCAAUCACUUGGCCAUCUGUCCCAUCUAUGCCGCCGACGACUCUUGUGUCGCUGCCCGCGAUCUAGACGGCUACGUGCAGCGUGGCUGCGCCAGCCAACUGCAGUGCGACAUCAAUGACACAGAGAACUGCAUCAUAUGCAAAACGGACGGCUGCAACACGAACAAGUUCAACGGCGCCGCUGCCCUCGGUGGCAUCGGCCUGGCACUCACGCUCGCCUGGUCCCUGAUAGUCAGCUAUAGCGGCCACUGAGCCACUUACCGAUAACUUGCCAUAGCUUUUAAAUUAAAAUAGUUGAAUUAUUUCUAUACGAAACACAAAAUAAAUUAAAACGACAUAUUUAAGAACUAGCUCGACU